AAAGCGUCCGUCGCCUGUGUAACAUGUUCCAGUACUCGACGGCCGGCAACAUGAACGGCAUGAAGACGCAGUCGCCGACGCAGACCACGGCCAACAAUGACAGCGACCCUCUUCCCCUCGGAUGGGAAGUCAAAAUCGACCCUCAGACCGGAUGGCCCUUCUUUGUGGAUCACAACAACCGCACGACCACCUGGAAUGACCCCCGACACGACGCCAGAAAGGUCAGAGAGGUGUCAGCAAAUGGACCCAACAUACCACCAGAACCAAGCCCUCAGGAGUUACAGAAAACCUUUGUGAGAGAGAUGAAGCACCCCAUUCUGCGCCCAGGUUACGUUCCUAUCCCUGUCUUCCACGAGGGCGCAGAACUGAGGCAGCAGCAGCAUCCAUGUUAUUCCUACAUCCAGCCAACCACUGCACAGAAUAUCCGGUCAGACGGGCGGACACCCUCUCCGACGCCAGGGCUCCACUGCAGCUCCAGAUCCCCUUUACACGGUUCUUCAGAAAGCUGCUCCCCUGAGCCUGGAAUGGCCAGCUCGCCUGUUUCACAAACGGCAGAGGUUUACACUGCCCCGCAUCACCAACCCCCACGGCCCAGCAGCACUGGUCUUCAAGCAGGUUACAUCCCCAUCCCGGUGAUCCAUGAGGGUGGAGGAGGCCAAACACAAACGCAGGCUCAGUUGAAUCCCUCUGUCUACUCUCAGCGCGUCCCCUACUCAGAGCACCAGCAGCCCUUCUAUCGCCUUCAGACCGACGAAUGGCCUGGCUACUCUGCAGCGAUGCAGCCUCCCCGGGAAAGAGCCUCUCCGAUACUGACUCCCCAGCAUCGCGAUGCUACUUCUAUUCACCUCCAACCUCACAUUAGAAGCCAGUCACCUAUUGUAACGCAGGUGCUGGGAGAAAGACCACAGGCACAGCAGCAUGUCCUCACAAGAGACCCGCCCCAGAAAAUGGAGCAGGAACAACAAGGCACUCAGCAGAAACCUGAGAACACGCAGCUCCCCCAGCCGUUGCACACGGAAGCUGACUUCCAGAAGCCUCAACAACCUCAACAGUUCCAGCAGCCUCCGCCUCAGCAACCUCAACAGUUUCAGCAGCCACAACAGUUUCAGCAGCCGCAACAGUUUCAGCAGCCGCAACAGUUUCAGCAGCCCCAACAGUUUCAGCAGCCACAACAGUAUCAGCAGCCCCAACAGUUUCAGCACGCACCACCUCAGACAUCUCCACAACCUCAGCAUCCCGAACAGCUGAUGCAAUCGCAGCAACAGUUCCAGCAGCCCAAGAAACCGGAACAACCACAACAACAUACUGCAGAUAUCACAGUUCAAAUACCUCCAAAACCUGAGGCCCAGGACACGGCAGCUGUUCCCCCAGAGGUCCCACCUGUCAAGGUUGAGCCGGAACAGGCCGCCCAGUGCCCAGUCCACCCGGGCUUGGCUAAGGUACAGCAGAUAGUCGGACGGGUCGCUAAACUGGAGCAGGACGUGAAAUGUUUUGAUGGAAAGAAGUAUGGUAAGAAAUACUUGUUACUGGAGGAGCUGCUGACCAAAGAGCUCUUAGCACUGGACUCGGUGGACCCAGAGGGUCGUGUAGAUGUACGGCAGGCGAGACGGGAUGGAGUCCGUCGUGUUCAGAACAUACUGGAAGAACUGGAGCAAAUGGAGGAGCGGCCAGCCAGGCCUGCAAGCGAGACGGGGAUGGAGGGAGACAACCUGACACAGAAAGGAGAGCCCAGAAUGUUCACCAAGGAAAAUGUUGAGCUGGCAAAGGAGAUAUCAUAAUGACUUCACACUUCAUAAUCAAGAGGGGAGCAGGAUAACCUGCUAUAUAUUUGAUAGUGAACGAGCGUGAUCCUCCUCCUCUAUCUACAGCAUUUGUGGAAGUUGCAUGCAUUGAUUAACAGUGUUGGUAUUUCCUGCCAUUCAGCACAUACUUGAUGAUAGCUCAGUGCAAUCAUGUUUUUCAAGCCAAUGUUGUUGCCGUCUAUGUUGUGCCACAUCUUCAUACUAAGACAGCUGUCAUGAUCAAGAUGUUGUCAACAAUUUCUAGUAAAGUUUAAGUUUCAAUAAGAGGCCUUUAUUAAAUAAAUGGGAAGAAAAGCGGGGGUAUUUUCUUAAGAAAUGCUAUGUGUGUUUGCCUUUCGUCUUGAUCAAAUAUUGUACGGAGCUUUCCUUAAUCCAGUCAGCAAAUCAGUCAGUGCACAAGCGCAAAAGUAGGGGCUUUAAAGCAGAAAUCACUGCAAAACUCAGUCAACAGAAAAGCAUUUCCCCCUUUAUAGCCACAUGGCCAUGUUGGAGCUGCUUUGUCACAGAACACAGUGAAUAUGUUUGUUAGCUGCUGCUUUUUGGUGCAUUACUGAUUUUGCUGUCUUUGCACUUUGCCAUCAUUGAAAUGUAUUAUGCUGAAACAUCAGCAGCACUUCAUUUGAAUUAUAUAAGUUACACAAGUUUUGAUUGAUGUGUUUGAGUGUUUGUAUGUGCAUUGGUUUACUUGUUAUUUCAAACACUAUAUCAGUAUUUAUAUCAUAUAGUAUUUUGGUACAUUUAUGAAUGUGUAAUGACAAAUGGAGGUGAGAUGUUGAUCUUACUUGAGAUGUCAGACAAUCAGCACUUGGUGCUAAUGAUGAAUCACAGUUUAAGGUUGUCAGAAUGUAUAACUACCACAGCCACAAUCUGUAUAACACUAACAAAAAAAAUGCCAAAUGUGAGAAGUUGCCCAAUUCUUAAAGAGAUGCAGUGCAAGAAAACUUCUAUCUGUCAUUUCAAACGGUUUGAAAUUAUUUUUAAGAUUACACUAGUUGUUUGCGUAUUAAUUUGUCACUAUGAUACGAUCAUAAGCCAUUUGUGAGGUAUGGUCACUGCCUAACACACCUUUACAAAUUAUGGAUUGUGGUGUAGUGUUAAUCACUGUUUAUGAGUAGCAGACUAAAGCAUUGUUUAAAGCAAGUCACAUUGGUUUGAAAAUAAAAUGUAUUUGACAUGGAUUUUGACUUAUAAUUGUGUUCCCACAGACCAGGUCAGUCUGAGAAUUGACUUGAGGAUAUGAAGAUGUGUCCCCGACAGUACUCAGCUGAACUUAAGUCUUAGUUUACGUAAAGUAA